AUGGGGAUAUUCGAGCCCUUUAGGGCAAUCGGAUACAUCGCGAACAAUGUGCCUUUCUCUGUCAAGAGGCUUGGGAUGGAAACCUUCGUCACUGUCAGCGUUGGCAAAGCCUGGCAAAUGUUCAAUUGCGAUAAGCUGAAACUGGUGCUUGUUGGUCCUCAACUUCCUAAGAAGAUACGAGCUCUCGCUUCUUAUCGUUACUACACAUUUGCUGCAUAUGGCAAUCAUAUUGCAGUUUUUAAGCGUGUUCAUCAGGUGGCAACGUGGAGCAAGCACAACGCUAAAGUUAACCACUUACUAGUAUUUGGUGAUUACAUUCUUAGUCUAGAUGUGGAAGGCAAUAUGUUUGCUUGGACAUUUAAAGAAACUGAUGAGAACCUUGCACCUCCUGUUGGUCCCAUAGUCCUUGGAGAGAAGUUUAAUCCUAGCUGCUUAGUGCACCCUGAUACAUACAUAAAUAAGGUUGUUGUUGGAAGCCAGGAAGGAUAUCUUCAACUUUGGAAUAUUAGCACGAAGAAAAAGCUUUAUGAGUUCAAAGGGUGGAAUUCGCCUGUACUGUGCUGUGUUUCAUCUCCAGCUUUGGAUGUUGUCGCAGUUGGAUGCGCUGAUGGAAACAUUCAUGUGAUCAAUAUCCGCUAUGAUGAAGAGAUAGUUACGUUCAGUCAUUCAACUCGAGGUUCUGUUACUGCCUUAUCCUUCUGCACUGAUGGUCAGCCCCUUCUAGCUUCUGGAGGUUCUUCUGGUGUCAUAAGCAUUUGGAAUCUUGAUAAGAGAAGACUACAAUCUGUUGUUAAAGAGGCCCACGAUUGUGCUGUAGUUUCUCUUCAUUUUUUUGCAAAUGAGCCUGUACUGAUGAGUUCUUCGGUAGACAAUUCACUGAAAAUGUGGAUUUUUGAUACAAGUGAUGGUGAUCCUCGCCUACUGCGGUUUAGAAGUGGGCACAGAGCUCCUCCUUUAUGCAUUAAGUUUUAUGCCAAUGGGAGGCACAUUCUAUCUGCUGGUCAAGAUCGUGCCUUUCGGCUAUUUUCUGUUAUCCAGGAUCAACAAAGUAGAGAGCUUUCUCAGUGUCACGUGUCUAAAAGAGCCAAAAAACUGAAGUUAAAGGCAGAAGAGAUAAAGCUGAAACCUGUCAUUGCAUUUGAUGUUGCAGAAAUUAGGGAACGUGAUUGGUGUAACGUGGUCACUUGUCAUAUGGAUACUUCUCAAGCAUAUGUUUGGAGGCUUCAAAAUUUUGUUCUCGGCGAGCAUAUCCUUGCUCCAUCUUCUGAAAAUCGAACUGCAGUGAAGGCAUGUACCAUCAGUGCAUGUGGUAACUUUGCCCUUUUAGGUACUGCUGGUGGAUGGAUUGAGCGGUUUAAUCUUCAGUCAGGACUCAGCCGAGGCAGUUAUAUAGAUGUAGCUGAAGGAAUAGGUUGUGCUCAUGAUAAUGCAGUUAUUGGUCUUGCAUGUGAUGCGACGAACACCAGUUUGGUAACUGCAGGAUAUGGCGGGGAUGUCAAAGUAUGGGAUUUCAAAGGACGAGCAUUGAAAUACACAUGGAAAGUAGGCUGUUCCUUGGUUAAGAUUGUUUAUCACCGUGCAAAUGGUCUCCUAGCUACAGUAGCUGACGAUUUAGUCAUUCGGUUGUAUGAUGUUAUUGCGAACCGAAUGGUGCGUAAAUUUCAAGGUCAUACAGAUCGUAUUACUGACAUGUGCUUCAGUGAAGAUGGAAAAUGGCUUUUGACAUCCAGUAUGGAUGGUAGCCUCAGAAUUUGGGAUGUGGUAUUGGCUAGACAAAUAGAUGCCUUAGAGGUUGAUGUGCCUAUAACCGCAUUGUCACUGUCCCCCAAAAUGGAUUUAUUAGCAACUACACAUGUUGAUCAAAAUGGGGUGUAUCUAUGGGUUAAUCAGACAAUGUUUUCUGGAUCUUCUGAUUCUGCAUCAUAUGGGAGUGGCAAUGAAGUAUUAUAUGUCAAGUUACCCUCAAUUGCUUCAGCAGAAGCAGAAGGUUCUGAGGAGAAUGCCUCUGAGGCAGCUAUUUCUAACCCUCCUCAACUUGAAGCUUUGAACUCAUAUUUAGACAAACAAAUUCCCGAUCUUGUUACUUUAUCACUAUUGCCAAAGUCUCAAUGGCAAAGUUUGAUCAACCUUGACAUUAUCAAGGCUAGGAACAAACCUAUAGAGCCUCCCAAGAAACCAGAAAAGGCACCUUUUUUCCUACCUUCUAUUCCAUCCUUUUCUGGUGAAAUAUUAUUUGAAUCUGGCAAAUUUGCUGAUGAAGAGAAGCAUACACAAGAGAGUGAAACAAUAAACAAGAGGAAAAAGUCUGAUCUGCAACAAUCCCAGUUCUUGCGAAAUCUACAAUCAUCUGCAGAAGUAAAAAAUUUUGCAGCUUUCACCACAUACAUCAAAAGUUUAUCUCCUUCAGCUUUGGACAUGGAAUUGAGAAUGCUUCAGGUUAUUGAUGAUAUUGACGAGCUAGAACCAGAUGAAAAACCUGAACUUUAUUUUAUAGAGCUGCUUUUGGAUUAUUUUGUGCAUGAGCUUUCAAGUAGAAAUAAUUUCGAGUUCAUUCAGGCAGUCAUAAGAGUAUUCUUAAAGAUUCAUGGUGAGAUCAUUCGGCACAAUCCAAAAUUACAGGAUAAAGCAUUAAAGCUUCUAGAAAUCCAAUCUACAAUAUGGCAAAGAGUUGAUAAAUUGUUCCAAAGUACCAGAUGCAUGUUGACAUUUCUGAGUAAUUCUCAGUUUUAA